UGUUGUGGCUGCGUUGGUAUUAAAGGCCCACGUCUCUUUCUUCUCCCUUGUUUAUUUACUGUUCAGUAAUGGUUUAAAUUGGCGUUUACAGUUAAAUUUGAACGCCAUGGAGUAUUUUAAAACCGGCCUGAAAUCUGUUUUAGGAGCUCCUUUGCAGGGCAGCUCGCCACCAACUGGAGCAGAAACCGUGGAGCGUCUAGUUGACAGGGUAAAACAUUCUACUCUAUUGGAGGAUAGAAGAGAUGCUUGUCGUGCCCUUAAAUCCCUAUCAAAACAGUAUCGAGUGGAAGUUGGAGCACAGGGAAUGGAUGCCCUGUGCCAAGUGCUAGAAAUGGAUAGAGCUGAUGGUGAAAUUGUUUCAUACGCACUCGAUUCUUUAUGCAAUGUUAUGUCAGCGGAAGUAUUUGAAGAGGAAGAACACCCAGAUGUAUAUCAAAGCUCUAGGACAAGUCUUGGAGAGCAAUUUACAGAAAUUUUUAUGAAGCAGACAGAUUAUAUUGGCUUGGUUCUUGGUUUCCUAGAGGAAUAUGACUUUCAAGUGCGUUGGCCUGCUCUUAAGCUGUUAACUUCACUAAUUCAUAAUAGACCCCGAGAUCUCCAAGAGAUAAUUUUAGUCUGCCCUAUGGGUGUCUCCAAGCUGAUGGAUCUAUUAGGAGACAGCAGAGAAGUCAUUAGAAAUGAUGCUCUCAUCCUACUGACUCAUUUGACUAAAGGAAAUGCCAAUAUUCAAAAAAUAGUUGCAUUUGAAAAUGCAUUUGAUCGUUUGUUUGAUGUAAUGGCUGAUGAAGGCUAUGCAGAUGGUGGUAUAGUUGUUGAAGAUUGCUUGGCUAUUGUCCAUAAUUUGCUAAAGCAUAACACAUCCAAUCAGAAUUUUUUUAAAGAAGGAAGUUAUAUCCAGCGUAUAUCUCCAAUGUUUGCCCUUCCGAGUGAUAGUGAAGACAUCAGCUGGUCCUCUCAAAAAGUUAUCAAUAUUCUCAGCAGCUUACAAGUUAUUCGUAUGCUUGUAAUGCCUGGUAAUCCUGCUCAAGUCACAUCAUCCUGUCAAAGAACCAUAAGAAGUAGUGGAAUACUAGAGGCGCUCUGUGGAAUUUUAAUGGCGAGUGGCGUUCCAGUUGAUGUAUUGACAGAGACUAUAAAUACUGUGGCAGAGAUCAUCCGGGGUAAUUUAGCAAACCAAGAAUACUUUUUGACAGUCAUGGCUCCAUCUAAACCACCCAGACCUGCAAUUGUGGUGUUGUUGCUGUCUAUGGUAAAUGAAAAGCAGCCCCUUGAGCUUCGCUGUUCUGUACUGUAUUCAUUCCAAUGUUAUUUAUAUAAAAAUGAAGUUGGACAAGCCCAACUUGUUCAAACUCUUUUGCCAUCAUCAGCAGAAGUUGGGACUGGUACUACGGGCGAACUCUUAGUCGCAGGAUUGCUAUCAGGUCAUAUGUUAUCAACAUGGCUCUCUGCUGUUGCCCUUUCACAUGCUCUUGUUGAGAACCCAGCUCAAAAAGAACAGCUGCUUCGGGUGGCCCUGGCGACUGGACCAGGUGCACCACCUGUAACUUUACUACAACAGUGCUGCACAAUUCUACAGCAGUCAAGUAAUGUUCAAAGCAAAGUUGGCAUCUUGAUGCUUUUGGCAAUGUGGUUAUCACAUUGCCCAUUAGCAGUCCGUGAUUUACUGAACACACCAUCAUGUAUUCCCUACCUAUCAGCUCAAGUAGGAGCAAAUGAACAUCAAGAACAUGAAGAACUACUACAGGGUCUGUGUGCAUUUCUGAUGGGCAUUUGCAUUAUUUUUAAUGAUGACUCUGUGCCUAGCUAUACAAGAGAUAGUUUGUGUCAACUUGUCAGCAAACGUGUGGGUCAGGAUGUUUUUCUGGACAAACUGGGGGAAGUAUCCAAACAUGAGCUUUACAGUAAAGCUCAUAAGCACCCACAACUCCAAGCUGCAUCAGCAGAACAUGUGUUAUUAGACCAUGAAUUCUGCAAGCUUUUUAAAGCUCUUGAAGGAAUGGUUGUCAAAGCGGUCUCCCCUAAAGAUGCUGGUUUGCACAAUGGAGGCACUGAACUCACCUUAACCGCGACUGAAAGUAGUUUACUUUUACAGUAUAAAGAACUGAUACGAUCUCAAGAUAAUCAAAUACAAGAAAUGCGUCGGCAGUUGCAUCAAUAUGAAUCAGAAAGACAGAACUCCCAGAUGCACAUAGAGGAACUAAGCGCUACUGUUUCUCAACUAAGAGACCAAACCAGGUUGCUUAGUGCAGCAGCCAAUACAGGUGUUACUAGUGCGCUAAGCAGUGAUGUUGAAAAACUCGCCAUUUCACCUCAGACCAACAUGGCAAGAUGCUCAGAAUUGGAGGUUGAGUUGGAUAAAUUACGAAAGGACCAAGAGGAUUUGUUAGUACUUUUGGCAGAUCAAGACACAAAACUUAAUAAAUACAAGGAUAGACUUCGGCAAUUGGGAGAAAAGAUUCAAAGUGAUGAUGAGGCUGACCAAACAAAUCCUGAGGAGCCAUGAUAUUUUCUCAUUGUUUAAUCUGACUGUUACCAUACAUUCCACAGAUAUUUUUCUUGUGGUGCUCAUAAAUUCAAUUUAUAAUCAUGGUGGAACAAGUUGAUUCUUGGUAUUUUCUUUUCAAUUUUGGUUCUUCGUUAAUUUUAUAGUUGACAAUGUGUGAAAAUGAAAUUUGUUGUCUAUAUACACCUUUAUUCAACAAGAAACAUCCCUUGAUAUUGCCACCAUAUUGGUGAGAAAUGAAAUACUUGUGAUUAUAUGAGCCAUCCAAUCAAUUGUGGGCCACCUGUAUCCGGAACAUUUUCCCAGACAGCAUUAGUUCAGAGGGUUGGGUACAGGUGACCCACAAUUGAUAUUUUAUCUCAUGAUACCUGUUACUUUCUACAAGCUUUUGACGCAAAAGAAUGAAAUGAAAAUUUUCAAACGGUAUGAAGAACAGUGGCAAGUUUUACAUGCUUGUAAUUUUGAAAUUGUGAUAGUAACACAAUUUCCCUGAUGGUUUGUUUGAUUUGUAUUUUUUUGUUUUUUGGAGACACAAUAAAAUAAUGAUUCUAACAGA